UUCAUGAAACGUAACAAAGAAAAUCAGUUUUUAAAUGGCAAAUUAUAAAUCAUGUGUAACUGCUCUUUUUCUGUCUUUACUUCUGUGUCUUUCUUCUCAGUUCGGUGUCGCCGAGGCCAAACCCUCCAAACUUACUACCAAGUCUUCGGAUACCCCAUGCGCGAGAAACCCACCAAAUCAGUACCGGCGAGGAUGUUCCGCCCCUGCCCCGACGGGCACACGUGCGAACCACUCUAACUCAACCAAAGGAAAAGGUCCAUAAGUGAUGAUGAACUUAAGUUUCAAGAAGUGAUGGAGAGUUGAAGAAAUAUAAAUUCCAAGAGGAUGUCGAAAAAUCAAGUUUAUAUACGGUUGUGUAAUUGUUUACAUAUAAAUGUUUAAAUAAUCAGAGCUAAGCUAUUCCAAAGUGUAUGUGGAUUUAAACACAAAAUUAAAUAAUUAUGUGUACACUUUUGAAUAAAUAAAAUAUAUGAUUUUUGACUUAAAAA